AUGGCAACUAGCAAAUCAAAUGGUACAAAAAAAUUUGAGACAACAUCGAAUCUCUCCACGAAUGCAACUGGAAAUCGAUGUAUCAAUAUGCAAAGAAUGCAAAAUGUCCUUUUAAUUUGGUUGGACAAUAAUAUUACUGAUGAUAAUACUGAUUGUAGUAAUACAAUCAAGCAAUUGAAACGUGUUGUUAAUAAUAUGUACACGUUUACAGAUGGCGAACAAUGUCUUGAAUUCAUCCAAACUAUUACCAAUAAUAAGAUAUGUAUGAUUGUUUCAGGUUCACUUGGGAAACAUAUUGUGCCUCAUGUGCAUGGUAUGUCCCAAGUAGAUACCAUUUUUAUUUUUUGUGAUAAUGGAAAAUGGCAUGAACAAUGGACUAACGAAUGGCCUAAGAUUAAAGGAGUCUAUACAGAUAUAACAUCAGUCUGUAAAGCUCUUAAGCAAGCUGCUGACCAAUGUGAGCAAAAUGCCAUAUCAAUCAGUUUUGUGGCACCAAACAAGAAAUUGGACCAAUUAGAUCCAUCGUUUAUAUAUACUCAGAUCUUAAAAGAGAUCUUAUCAACCAUCAAUUUCGAAGAUAAGCACUUUGAAAAAUUUAUUACUUAUUGUCGGGAGGUAUUUGCUAAUGAUGAAAAAGAAUUAAAAAAUGUUAAUCAAUUACAAUUAACAUAUAAAAACCACAUACCUAUAUGGUGGUACACAUGGGAUGCAUUUUUAUAUCGUAUGCUCAAUCAAGCAUUUAAAUCAAUGGAUAUUGAUAUUAUUAUUCGAAUGAGUUUCUUUAUUAAUGAUCUACAUCGUGAUAUUCAACGAAUACAUUCACAACAAUCUGAUGGUCAUCAAUCAGAUAAAACAUUUACAGUUUAUCGUGGACAAGGUCUUUCGAAAGCAGAUUUCAUCGAAAUAAGAAAAACUAAAGGUGGACUUCUUUCAUUCAAUAACUUUUUAUUGACUAAUAAAAAUCCAAGUACUGCUCUUGAAUUUAUACAACAAGCUACUACAAAUCCUGAUCUUGUUGGAGUUUUAUUUGUUAUGUCAAUUAAUUCUAGUGAUGUUAGUUAUGUUCAUAAGGAAGAUGAAGUUCUCUUUUCUAUGCAUACCAUUCUUCGUAUUGAAGAUAUUAGACCAAUGGAUGAAAAUGAUCAUCUUUAUCAAGUAAGUUUAACAUUGACCGAUGAUAAGGACCAAGAUCGUCGUACUCUUACUGAUCGUAUCCGACAAGAGACUUUUCCAGAUGUAGAAGGAUGGGGUAGAUUAGGCCAAUUGUUAAUUAAAAUAGGUCAGCUUAACAAGGCUCAAGAAGUUUAUGAAGUUCUACUUCAUCAAGCAACAAAUGAGAAUGACAAGGCAUCUAUUUAUCAUAAACUAGGUGAAAUAAAAUAUGAUCAAGAAGAAUAUCAAGAAGCACUUACAUAUUAUAAACAAUCACUUGCUAUUCAACAAAAAACACUUCCUUUCAAUCAUCUUAAUUUGGCUUCUUCCUACAGCAACAUCGGUAGUGUGUAUUAUAGCACGGGCGAUUAUCCAAAUGCAUUUUCAUCUUAUGAAAAAGCACUUGCAAUCAAACAAGAAUCACUUCCAUCCAAUCAUUCUGAUUUAGGUGAUUCCUAUGAUAGCAUCGGCAGUGUAUUUUACAAAAUGGGUGAUUAUCCAAAGGCACUUUCAUCUUAUGAAAAAGCCAUUACAAAUCGACAAGAAUCACUUUCUUCCAAUCAUCUUGAUUUAGCUUCUUCCUAUAACAAUAUCGGUUUGGUGUACUAUAGCGUGGGUGAUUAUCUAAAAGCACUUUCAUUUCAUGAAAAAGCUCUUGUAAUCAAACAAAAAUCACUGCCAUCCGAUCAUCCUGAUUUUGGUGGUUCUUAUAAUAACAUCGGUCUGGUGUAUGACAGUAUGGGUGAUUAUUCAAAAGCGCUUUUUUAUUAUAAGAAGAAUCUUGAAAUACUGCAGCAAAUACUUCCUUCCAAUCAUCCUGAUUUAGGUAGUUUCUAUAAUAACAUCGGUAUUGUGUAUAGAAAGAUGGGUGAUUAUCCAAAAGCACUUUCAUCUUAUGAAAAAGCCCUUGCAAUCAAACAACAAUCAUUUCCUUCCGGUCAUCCUGAUUUGGCUUCUUCCUAUAAUAAUAUCGGUUUGGUGUACUACAGUAUGGGUGAUUAUCCAAAAGCGCUUUUUUAUUAUGAGAAAGAUCUUGCAAUUCGACAACAAUCACUUUCGUCCAAUCAUCCUGAUUUAGGUGCUUCUUAUAAUAAUAUCGGUCUGGUAUAUGAUAGUAUGAAUGAUUAUGCAAAAGCCCUUUCUUAUUAUGAGAAAGAUCUUGAAAUACUGCAGCAAUCACUUCCUUCUAAUCAUCCUGAUUUGGGUGGUUCCUACAACAACAUCGGUAAUGUAUAUUACAAAAUGGGUGAUUAUCAAAGAGCACUUUCAUCUCAUGAGAAAGCCCUUACAAUCAAACAGCAAUCACUUCCUCCUAAUCAUCCUGAUUUAGGCGCUUCUUAUAACAACAUCGGUAGUGCGUAUGAGACUAUGGGCAAUUAUUCGAAAGCUCAUUCAUUUUAUGAACGUGCUAUACAAAAUGGACAACAAUCAUUACCAGCAAAUCAUCCAACUCUUCAACAACGGAGAAGAAACCUCGAAAACAUAAAAAAGAAAUUUUAA